AAUAUAAAUGUAUAUAACUUUAACCUUGAAGUCCGCUAUUUCCUCAACGUGCUCUAUUUUAUUGCAUUUAUCGAUAGUUAGAGACAUACAGUGUGCAACAGUAUUACGAGGAUAUACAACAUAUUUCAUCAAAUGAUUUCUUUCCGAGAUUCAGCAUCCGUAUCAAUUUGAUGCAUUGAUUGUGCUAAUGAAUGCAGUAUUCGACGGUAGGCUAUUGGAAAGCUAAUAUUGAAAAUCAACUGCAGACACUCAUUGAUUGAGGGAACAUAGCGUAACCAAAUCAUACAGUUGUAAGAAUUCAACAAAAGGAAGUAUGCCUGAGUGGAUGGGGGUAGACUGGGUGCCUCUACAUAGAAUCCCAACCCCCAGGCGCCUACAGACUCUAGCCGUCUUGCAAUGGUCACUUCUAUUCAUCUUAGGACCCGUCAUUUGCUACCUUUUAUUCCUCUACAUUCUCCUCUUUACCCAGUUCACCUACGUUCCCUUGUUCUACCUGGCCUGGAUUCUUUACGAUAGGAACACGAGUAGCACCGGUGGAAGACGAAUCAAUUGGGUACGGAAACUGAAAAUAUGGGAAUACUACCGGGAUUAUUUUCCCAUAACUUUAAUCAAAACAGAAGACCUUGACCCGAAUAAGAACUAUAUAUUCGGAUAUCACCCACAUGGAAUACUGGCAUGUGGUGGUUUUGGAAAUUUUGCUACAGAGGCGACUGGCUUCUCAAAAAUGUUCCCGGGGAUCACUCCGCAUCUAUUGACACUAAAGGCGAACUUUUAUCACCCACUGAUCAGAGCCUAUAUCCUUUACUGUGGGGUAUGUGAUGUUAGCAAAGAGAGUAUUAAUUGGAUCUUGACUAAAAAAGGUACGGGAAACGCGGCGGUUAUUGUAAUUGGUGGAGCAGAUGAGGCACUCCUAGCUCACCAGAACUCUUACGAUCUCACCUUGAAGAAUCGCAAGGGUUUCGUAAAGAUGGCUCUGAGAACUGGAUCAUCUCUAGUUCCCGUGUAUUCAUUCGGUGAGAACGAUGUGUUUUACCAAGCAGACAAUCCAAAAGGGUCAAAGUUGAGGCAGUUUCAGGAAAUGUUCAAACGUCUGUUUGGUUUCUCUCCUCCAUUGUUCCAUGGUAGAGGUGUCUUCAAUUACAGCUUUGGGUUCUUACCGUUUAGAACACCUAUCAACACUAUAGUUGGAAAGCCCAUCCAUACAGAAAAGAUAGCACAGCCAACCAGUGAAGAUGUCGACAAUUACCACAAACUCUAUAUAGAGGCACUUAGUUCAUUGUUUGAUGAUAACAAAACUAAAUAUGGAGUAAAUGAAAAAACAAAACUGAACUUUGUGUGAUUGAACAUAGAGCCUGAGAGUCGAGUGGUAGAGUAUCAAAAUCAAUAGUGCCUGGGAGGUAUAAUUGUGGUUGAGUUUAUUUAAAGGGCAUGACAGUGAUCAAAUGAACCAAAAGCUCGAAAGACAAAUUUUGAAAAAGUUACUCAUAUUUCUGAUUCUACCAUUAAUUUCAUAUGUGAAAUGAACGCAGCUAUUUCAAUGCAAUACUAGACUAUGAUACAGCGCAUUAUUAAAAGGAUGCAGUAUUCAUGUUAUUUGAUGGACUUAUAAAUAUUUUGUAACUACCCUGUAGUACAUGGACCACACUUUUACAGUAUUAAAAAGGGAAUCUUGCUGCUCUUAUAUUUUUCUAUUUACUUUAAAGUAUACUACUGUCACAUUAUUGACUGUAUUGUAUGUAAGCUGUGUAGAAGAGGCAUGCAGGAAUAAGUAGCUAACAACUUAGGAUGUCCCAGCUGAUUGUACAUUGCUAUUCAGUAUUCAUGUAUAAUGAUCGAAAAUUGAAUAGGAUCUCAGAUCAUGAACAAUCAAAAUGUACUAGAUAAUUUCAAUGUGU